AUGAAUCUUAUUCAUGAGGGUGGACUAAUGAAAACUGUAACUCAACUCUCUAAGUGCUAUGAAGUCCUGGUGAAGGAGUUCAUUGUGAAUCUACAUGAAGACGGUGGCAAUAAGGAAACUGAGGAGUAUUUAAAAGUGUUUGUUAGAGGAAAAUGUAUUAACUUCUCACCCACUGUGAUCAACAAAUUUCUGGAAAGGUCAAAUGAAGCUCAGCCAGAGCUGGAAGUGUCUAAUAAUCAAAUGUGCAAAGAGAUUACUGCUGGCCAAGUGAAGACAUGGCCUGUCAAAGGGAAGCUGACUGUGAGCAAGCUAAGUGUGAAGUAUGUUGUACUUCACAGGAUUGGAGCUGCCAACUGGGUACCAACUCAACACAAGUCUACAAUCUCUGCUCUCCUAGGUAAAUUUAUCUUUGCCAUUGGUACUAAGUCCAAAGUUGAUUAUGGUACUUAUAUUUUUAAGCAAACCUUAAAGCAUGAUGGUAGCUAUAGUGUCAAAGGCCCCAUUGCCUUCCCUUCUCUUAUUUGUGGGAUCAUCUUAAAACAAUUUCCUAACAUUUUGACUGACAAAGAUUCUGUGUGCAAAAGAGCAAGUCCCUUAAUUUUUCACCAUAAGCUCUUCCAAGGAACUCAUGUUCAUGAUGUUAACACAACUUCGGCUGGACCAUCAAAAGAGAUCACAAUUAUGAGUAAAACUACAAUGAUUGCUAUGCUCCGAGAGACCUGUAAGGAGCUGGAGUCCAGAAAAUUGGCUCUUGAAAGAUUGAUCAGCUCUCUUGAAAUGAGUGAAAAAGCUAAAUCUGCAGAUACUGCUGAGGAGGAGCAGGGUGAAGAUGAUAAUGGUUCAGACAGUGAGAUUGAGAAAGAAGCCAGUCCUGAUGAUGGCACUGAUAACAGUGUAGAACUCAGUAGCUUUGAGUCUGAAGACUAA